UUGGCCAGACUGGGUUAGUCGAAGCUGGUGUCGCUGUCAGUGCGCGGAGUCACACGGUUUUGCUCAGCUGCCUGCCUGCCCUCCUGCCUGCCUGCUUGCCUGGCGUUGUUGGAGACCGACGCUCAUGAUUUGGAGCUUUUACACAAAUUGAUGAAUCCCCCCUGCAUGCUUAUCGCAUGGAUUGAAAGCCACGAUCCUGAUGUGAAAGAGGUAAGCUCCACGCGUCUUUUUCUUUGCAAAAUAAUCUGUCUGCGCUUUACUUCCACCGCAGUCCGGGAGACGGUUAAAUCUUUUUUGAUAUUUUCUUCCAUUUUAGAACUUGUUUUAGAGAAAUUAAAACCUGCUGUGACUCCCCAGAUGUUUAGCUGCAGCCCGAUACUUGACGAGAUUUUUCGAGCGUUUUAGUUGUCACUGAUGACAAGUGCAAAAAGUUGGUCCGCUCAUCAACUGCACGCUCUAUUAUAAAAGUAAAAUACAAGCUGAGUGGCUUCUUUUUCUUUUCAUGUGACAAACUUGUGAAUAUUUUCCAAAAAGCUGUGCGUAAUUGAAAAUGUGUCCCGGUUUGUGCGCAAUUUUCCUUCCAACAUCUGUCUUUACCUGGGCUGAUGGAGUUAGUUUUAAAAGACAUUGUUCUAUUUCAUAAUUGAGUAAAUGUCAAAGUUAUGUGUUUUAUCAGGGGAAGAUCCAGAAGAGAUCCGUUUUCUUGAAUCCUGACACCCACAGAACUCCUGACAUUACCCAUUUCAAGUGCCACCGAAAAACUGUCAGAAGACUUGAGGUAUGCCUGAAAAUGAGUUACAAUUUGAAAGCAUAAAUGUGUUGUAAUUAUGUGUUAUUUUAUGCUUAAAUAACAAAUUAAAAAAGGUAAAAACUCUUGAUUUUUAAGUUUAAAGAAAAGCCAUGUUCAGUCGAGUAAUAUGCGGAAGUUUUUGCAACAUUUAUUCCAGUAAUUUUGGUGUGUUUUUCCCGGCUUGCUUUCAGCCAUGCCCUGCGUCCAGGCUCAGUAUGGAUCAUCACCUCAAGGAGCGAGUCCUGCCUCCCAGAGCUACAGCUACCACACCGCAGGAGAAUACAACUGCGACUUCUUAACACCCGAGUUUGUGAAGUUUAGCAUGGACUUGACCAACACUGAGAUCACAGCCACUACUUCUCUGCCGAGUUUCAGUACAUUCAUGGACAACUAUAACACCAGUUACGACGUCAAACCGCCCUGUCUGUAUCAGAUGCCGCACUCUGGAGAGCAGUCCUCCAUAAAGGUGGAGGACGUCCAGAUGCACAGCUACCAUCAGCAGAGCCACCUGCCGCCUCAGACAGAAGAGAUGAUGGCGCACUCUGGGCCUUUGUACUUCAAACCGUCCUCUCCACACGCGCCCAGCACGCCAAACUUCCAGGUUCAGCCUAAUCACAUGUGGGAGGACCCGGGCUCCCUCCACAGUUUCCACCAGAACUAUGUCGCGGCCACUUCUCACAUGAUAGACCAGCGCAAGAACCCGGUGUCGAGGCUUUCGCUCUUCUCUUUCAAGCAGUCCCCGCCCGGCACCCCCGUUUCCAGCUGUCAGAUGCGCUUCGACGGGCCGCUGCACGUUUCCAUGAACCACGACAACGGCGUGCACCGCGGCCUGGACGGCCAGAGCUUUGCGGUGCCGAGCGCCAUCCGGAAACAGGCGGGUCUGGCCUUCCCGCACUCCCUGCAGCUCGGCCAUGCGCACCAGCUAGUGGACAGCCAAGUGCCAUCGCCACCGUCCCGAGGAUCUCCGUCAAAUGAGGGUCUGUGCGCGGUGUGUGGGGACAACGCAGCCUGCCAGCACUAUGGAGUGAGGACCUGCGAGGGAUGCAAAGGAUUUUUUAAGGUGGGAUGACAUGACAGCAACCACACAUCACUGUUUAAGAAAUAUUUUAUCCAGUGUUGGCAGGGAUUUUUCUCCUUUUUUCACUGUGCGUCUUGGAAAAAAAUGAAUCCAAGUGCAUUUCUGUUCGGGUUACACUCAAUAUUUUAAGCAGCAACCAAAAGUGUGUGUAAGAAAUAACUCUGUCCACACUUAUUUGAUCUCAUAGGAAUAAGAAACAUAGAAAAGAAUAAGGAAUAAUGCUUGUAUGGCUAUUCCCUCUUGUUGCUUAAACGCCCAAACUGGAGAUAUGACAGAUAUCAUAUCGUUUCCAUCUUUCAAGUUUUUAUUCUGUGUUGGUGUCACUUGUGCAGCAUUUUACACUCCGUGUUCUACAUGUCUUGGAAAUAGAGGCCCUCAGACUGACAUGAUGUUUCUCUCUCUUUCUCUCUCCCCAGCGCACCGUGCAGAAAAAUGCAAAAUAUGUGUGUUUAGCGAAUAAAAACUGUCCUGUUGACAAACGCCGAAGAAACCGGUGCCAGUUCUGCCGUUUCCAGAAGUGUAUUGUCGUUGGGAUGGUAAGAGAAGGUACGUGUAGGCCAUGUGCUUAAUCAUUUUUGAACACUAUUAUAUUUUAUUCUAUCUUUAAUAUCAGGUGUAACAUGUGCGUUUAAUGCGUCUGAUAUAAUUUCUAGAUUUAAGUUUUUAAGCAAAACGACAGAAAUUUGUUUUCAGAAAAAAAUAAGUCAUUUAUUUUCAACGCAGUUGUCCGAACAGAUAAUCUGAAAGGUCGAAGAGGACGCCUCCCAUCCAAACCCAAAAGUCCCCAGGAGCCCUCUCCUCCCUCGCCGCCGGUGAGCCUCAUAAGCGCGCUUGUUCGGGCCCAUGUGGACUCCAACCCCUCCAUGUCUGCUUUGGACUACUCCAGAGUAAGUACCACUAUCCAAGAAAUAAAACACGCACACUGGACACUUAAAGAGGAAAGUGGGGUGGACUAAGAUUUAGGGUCUUUUAUAUUUAAACUUCUUUUAGGAAACAAUUUACUGCCUUAAAGUUUUCUCGCUGAAUUCUUCACUUUCUCAGGCUUUAAUGUGGCAUAUUUUUCCCGGGUAAAUUACGUUGAAAUAGAGAACUUAAUAAAAAGAAGACAUGCAUUUAAUAGUAGAAAAGCACUCUCUCUCACUUGGAAAUGGCCAUUUGCAAUUUCACGGAUUAUAUAUUUUAAAGGACCUCAUUAAGGCGCUGUUUAAAUUAAAUUCCAGUUCCAGGCUAACCCUGACUACCAAAUGACUGGAGACAACACUCAGCACAUCCAGCAGUUCUAUGAUCUCCUGACGGGCUCCAUGGAGAUCAUCCGAGGCUGGGCGGAGAAGAUCCCCGGCUUCUCUGAUCUACCGAAGCAGGACCAGGAUCUCCUCUUUGAAUCCGCUUUCUUGGAACUUUUCGUGCUGCGGCUGGCGUACAGGUGAGCUGCGUAAUUAUUAAACCAAACAAUCAGGGGCUUUGGAUAAUCAUCAGCUCCUCCUUCAAGCUUCAUUGCUUUGGGUUUUAUUAGCUGCCUAAUAAUAAGACGGCUCUUAAAUCCACAUUUACUGCCGUUUGUAAUUAAUGGCGUUUUCUUGUUAAUUGCAGGUCCAACCCGGUGGAAGGCAAACUUAUUUUUUGUAAUGGAGUGGUGUUACACAGGCUACAGUGCGUCCGUGGAUUUGGAGAGUGGGUGGACGCCAUCGUGGAGUUUUCUUCCAACUUGCAGAGCAUGAACAUAGACAUUUCAGCUUUUUCCUGCAUCGCAGCCCUGGCCAUGGUAACAGGUGCGUAAAAAAAAGCGAACGCUGCUCGAAAAACUCCGUCUGUGUAAAAACGCACGCAAAAGAGAAGAGAGGUGAAUGCAGUGGAAAUAAUUCAGGUGUCAUCUCUUUUCUGUUUCAGAGCGACACGGGCUGAAGGAACCUAAGAGAGUCGAGGACCUCCAAAACAAGAUAGUCAACUGCCUCAAAGAUCAAGUUACAUUCAAUGGCGGUGGAUUGAAUCGUCCCAACUACUUGUCAAAACUCUUGGGAAAGCUCCCUGAACUGCGCACGCUAUGUACCCAAGGUCUGCAGCGUAUCUUUUACCUUAAACUAGAAGAUCUAGUCCCUCCGCCAGCAAUAAUUGACAAACUUUUCCUCGACACCCUACCUUUCUGAGUCCGACUCGCUGGAGAGACCUCAAAGAACUUCCAAAAGACUGUUUGAGUCAGACUUUUUAACAUUAUUAUUAUUAUUAUUUCCGAAUACCUGCAAGAUACAGUGCAACACAUGAAUAGGAAUUCAUUAAAAGAAUAUCACCAAGAAGAAGAGGAGGCAGUGAGCUUAAGAUGUGUAGGCCUUUUCAAAUCCUUCAAAUUGCUCCCUCGAGUGCCAAACAGAGAAUAUUCGGCGAUCCAUUCGGCGAUCACUUACACUUUAUUCCACAUCGGCUCCUCUGGUUCAGCAUCUUCAGCUGUAAUAUAUAUAUACCCAUUUAUAUAUACCACCACACGCACACACUGUAUAUUAUGAUAGAUUAUGUGAUGCUUCCAACGCAUCGGUUUAUAACAUGUGUACAAAGUUUGUUACGAUGAAAAGAUUUAAUUCUCUUUUCUUUUCUGACUCGUGCCUAUGUGUUUCUGACAGGAUCCCCAAAAAGUAUCCAGAAAAGACAACGCAUGUUCUAGAUCUUUCUUUUCCUUUCAGUUUCCUUUUCUUUUAUAGGCACUUGCUGAGGUGAUGUCUAUAUAUAAUAUAUACCGGACACUAUGUAGUCUGCUAGAUUUGAUACAGAUUCGUAGUUAUGGCACUCCUUUUAUGUAUGACGCAUAUGUGGAAAAAUAUCUCAUGUGUAUAGAAAAUGAGGGACCCAUGGUGUUUGUAAAACUGUCAGACAUUCCUUGUUUGUAUGUGCUGUAAGUAUUGUUGCUGUUGAAUAUAAACGUUUCUAUAUAUUUAUUAUUUCUAUUGCCAAGAGCUACACUAAGCAUGGUGCAAUUUAAAACGAUUUCAAACCCAUUGGAGUUCAUGCUGAGCACGUUGUCUAUGUUUUAUGUCUUAGAAACGUCUAGCUAGUUUUGAUUUAACACGUUUUUUGGAAAUUGGAUAAAGUCCAUCUUAUAUGGAGAGGUUCAUGAGUGUGUGAUGUAGGCCCACAUCUUUGACAUCAUGAUGUACCCAACCACUUCUGUAACGCAUUUGGUGCCCGACUCAAAAACUUUAGAGAGAAAGAAAUAUUUAAUGUUUACAAAUAAAACCUUUAAAUCAAUCCAUUUGCUAAAAUUUCUCUGAAACUAAUUCAUUCUUUAAAAAAAAUUAGAUCUUUUUUGGGCGGAAUGAGCAGAAAGAUCCUGUGCGCGCAGGCCUGUUUGCACAAAAUCAUGAAACAAGUUUCUCUGGGUAUUUCCUUCAAGCACUUUUUAGCCUUGAACUGAAUUUAUGUAUCAAAAUUAAUGUAUUUAAUUAAAUACUUAAUAACA